AUGGAGUUCAUGGGAGAGUUAAUACUCAGGAGAGGGAGCCCUCUGGUGGUGAUUGGGAAGAGCCACAGAGACCGAACUAGUGACAAAAUCCGGUUUCUUCAUCAUGGUAGUUUUACCAGUGUUUCUCACGGCCAGCAGAUACAACUGGGACAUUCUCUGUGGUCAAAAGAUGGGCUGUUCACCUGUGUUCAGCAGAUCCGUGUAUUUAACUCUCAUGAUGCUUAUCAAUGCUCUACUGAUCUAUUUCUACAUCACAGCUCUGGAGAACCAGAACGAUGCUUUUGGAUGGGGCUAUAUGCUUGUGUUUCUUCAGUUUCUCUGGACACUGAUCGAUUUCACCCACUCAUUUUCAUCAUUCGAUCUUCCCGUGUGACUGUGGUGUAUGUGUUCGGAUCAGUCGGUGUAGUUUUACUCAACUCUGUUGCUCUGAUGACUGAAGUGAUCCUGAAAACAGUUAAUGGUGAAGGAUUGACGGGAGACAUGAGGAUCUCAGUCUUCUCCACCGAGUUCAUCUUCACUUUAAUUCUCCUGGUAUUUGAACCCUGGAUCAAACCCUGUCUGGAUUCGUGUCAGUCUCUUCAAAGCAGAGGCACUGGAUCACAGAGUCAGGAAUCUGAGCAGAACCCAGCAGCGGGUUGCGAUGAAGCUCCAGCCGCUGGAUCAGACCAGAAGCAGAUCACGACAGAAUCACACAAGAUGAAUCCUCUACUGAACGAACAAACCCAAGAGAACCAAGGGAGUGACGCGGCAGAGGAGAUCGAGCUGAACUCAGUGAUUACACAAACAUAACCUGCAGACAGAGAAAAGCUCUUCACUGUGAGGAACACUUCAGUCUCCUUAUGCAUACGCUGGCUUGGAUUUGUAAAUAGCUGUGUAUAUAUAUACACAGGAUGUUUGAAUGCCAUUGCGCUUGUUCUUCUGUGUUUCAUGUAAUAGCUUUUAUAACUAACUCUAACUGUAAACCAGCUUCAGCCGUCCUUCAAGAUCAGAGCGCUAUGAUGUUAACAUCUGUGGACUGAUGUUUGAGUCUCGAGCUCACAGUGAAGGAGCGUCUCAAAUCAAUCAACCAUUUUUAUAUAGUGAUUUUAACAAUACAGACUGUGUCAAGCACUGAAAAGUAUUAAAUAUGAGAAUAUAGGACAUUUCAAGUCAGGAAAGGAACCAAAACCCCAUCCCUUACAGAUUUGAGAAAAAAAGUUGUGGUCAGUUCUCCUCUCACUGGACACACAGCGCUUAAUUUCUAGUUCAAUUCAAACGCAGCUAUAUGUGCGAAGGACUUAUUAUGACUAUUUAGCUUAAUGUCCAACAAUUACUAUUAUUAUUAUUGUUAUUUCUUAAUAGAACUGCAUUUUCUUUAUCUCUCUGCACUGCCAAAAAAUGACAAUAAAACUAACUCUCACUAUUACUGAAGUAUGUGUAAUGUGUGCAGCAAUUUUAUGUAUAGACAGAAGAUCUAUAUUCACUAAAAACAGCAGUAUACUGUAUCCCACAAUGCAAUGCAUUUCACUUAUAUCCAAUGUAAUCAAGAAGCAGAGGAGAUGUAUUUCUACUUCGCUUCAUUAGAUGGCAGCAUCGUGUCUCAGAAACACUCAAGAAAAACAACUUAGUUUUGGUUGAAAGUAAAUCAAAGAGCAGAUUAAAUAACUCACAUUUCUGAAAGUUUUUGACACCAGCUUCUUGACAUUUCUGUAAGACGUGUACAAAAUAAAUAAUGAAACGUAUACCUGGCUCAAUAAUAAUAAUAAAAAAAAAAGCGGCAUUUCUAUCACAAUAUACUUUAGAAAUGUUUUUUUUGUUACAUUUUGACACACUCUCCUCUGGGAGAUCCUCAUGUAAUUGUCCUCUCUACAACUCUGGUUCUUUAUUGCAUAUUGCUUUAUCCUUAUUCUGCAGACGAGCAAUUUUGUCUUUCCUUACUGUUCUGUAACAUCUCUCAUAGACACAUGUGUCUGGAUGUUAUAAGGGUUCAAUGGUGUGUGCGCUCCCCCCAGGCGUGGGGUGAAUGGGUUUACGCUACACUUUUGAUACUUGACAAGAAGUGUUUUCUUUGUCCAAAAGUAUUCCUCAUAAGUUCUUAACUUCCUUUUGAUAUCUCUAUCUUAUAUAAGUACAUAUCUUUUUGGCAUGUAUACAACAUGUGCCCUCUUUUGUUUCAUUGGCUAGAGGGGUAAAACUCCUCUGAAGAUGUCCAUACACCAUUGUAUUUGGGAAUAAACUUUGGAGUAAGGAUA